CCACUGCAAGCAAUUUUGCUUGCCUUUCAACCGAAUCCAAGCCCUAUAUCUCUUUGUUUAUGGUAAAUCUGUUUGUCCUCAUGGCCUGAUGAUGGGAAGAGCUAUCUCCUUGAAGUUGCAGGCGAAUCCCUCUCUAUUGCAGCUUCGAGUGCAUCUCAAUUUGUUGGGAGGUGGAAUGGGCCCUUGAAUCUUGAGUGUUUGAUUGAAGGAUGGUUUCGAUUGCUGGCUUUCUCACAGGCGGAAGGUGGUGGUGUGACCAUGUGGUAAUGGUUGUGGCCUUGUGGUGGGGUGGGUUGGAGAUAGGAAUUAUAACUUCCUGCAGUCGUUGCUUCUGUAUCAAGAGCUUCUGACGGAAACCCAGAAUAAAAGCAGCAAGCUUUGAAAGCAAAAGACCGUUUUUCUGGGUCGGUGGUGAUGUGGAGAAUGAUGGGGACAUGCACAAAUCCAAGCUGAGGAGAAAAUGAAUUUGCAGGAAGUAGUACUACCCAAGUCUUAUGCUAAUGGAUUUGGCAGUAGAAGAGGAGGUGAUAGAAAUUUCAAGACUAGGCUGGAAAAUAAGUUGCAGUCCGGAAAAUCCAACGCUGGAAGAAUACCAAAUGCAGCUGGUGGCAAGGUUGGAUGUCCUUCCCAUGAUCGUUUAGUAUAUUUGGUGACAUGUCUUAUUGGUCAUCCCGUGGAGGUCCAUGUGAAAAAUGGAUCAAUAUUCACUGGAAUAUUUCAUGCAACAGAUGCAGAAAAAGAUUUUGGAAUCAUAUUGAUAAUGGCUCUCUGGAUAAAAGAUGGUACUUUGUGAGGAGAGAAUGCUAUUGCAGAGUUUGUUAGCAAAGGCUCCAUCAGAAACGUAAAUUAUACCUGCCAAAGAACUCGUGCAAGUUAUAGCAAAGUUCCAGGAUGCUGCUGUUACUAAGGAUGGCCUUGCAAGGGAGCUCCAACAUGAAAAGCAGCAAGAAAUUAUGAGAGACUCUGCAAUAGCAUAAUCUCAUCAUGUGAAGAUGGAGAGAGUUGGAACCUUGGGUUUCUGAUGAAGAUGAUCCACAGCAUCCAGAACUAGAAAGUAUAUUUGAUGGCCAUUGGAAUAGUUUCGCCUACAGUGCUUAUUUGAAGGAGUUCUUGGAGUAUAAUUAUUUAAUUCAACAUAUAUAUUGUUUUUGUUUAACUAAAUGCAGUAACUGUUUUAUUGAGGGUCGUUCCUGGGUGGUGAGCUGAAAUUCCUACUCUUUCAUGUUCAAGUAUGUAUUAUGUAGUUUGCCAUUGUUUCUUUUCUGACCAAUCAAAACCGGUUGAGCUAAGUUUUGUGGUGGGGGGUUGGGGCUUGAAUUAGGUGCUGCUGUUAGGCAGCAAGGUUUAUGGUCUUAGAGUUAAACUUUGCUGGC